ACCAUGUCAGCGUUUAGCACGCGGAGUCACAAAUGUCAUUUUUGGGCGAAAAUGCUUGAAAUAUGACAAUUUGUGGCAGUGUUUCACCAGAUAUUUGAAACAAUAAGUUGUCAUUUCUUACUGAGUGGCUAGCCCAAAGACAAACAUGCAAGCAGAGGAUGCAAGAUACCUGAAAAGGAAGGUGAAGGGAGGCAAUAUUGAUGUUCACCCGACAGAGAAGGCUUUGGUGGUGAACUAUGAACUCGAGGCAACCAUCCUGGGAGAGCUUGGGGACCCCAUGUUGGGGGAGAAGAAAGAAUGUCAAAAAAUAAUUCGGGUGAGAAGUUUGAAUGCGAACAGCAACCUGACUGCUUUGGCCAAGGAAAUUAUUGACAAGUGUAAACUUAUUCACCCUAAUAAAUUGCCUGAGGUAGAACAGCUACUGUAUUAUCUUCAAAACAGAAAGGAAACAGGCACUGCUAAAGCAUCUGGAAAGACAAAGCUUGCCGAUAGACCCUUAGAGCCUGCGUAUGACUGCACAGAGAUUGAUGAACAAGCACAUAUAAGUGACUUAGACGAAUAUUUAGAAUUACUGUAUGAAGACGUCCCGGAGAAGCUCCGAGGGUCGGCCCUGAUUUUACAGCUGUCCAGAAAUCCGGACAACUUAGAAGAGAUAUUUCAAAAUGAGACGGUGGUGGGGGCACUGGCACGUGUCUUGCGCGAGGACUGGAGGAAGAGCACGGAGCUCGCCACGAACAUCAUCUACGUCUUUUUCUGCUUCUCCAGCUUUUCUCAGUUCCACGGAGUCAUUCUGCACUUUAAGGUUGGCGCACUCUGCAUGACCAUCAUCGAGCAUGAACUGAAGAAAUACAACCUGUGGAAAGAGGAACUGGACAAGAAGUGCAAGGCUGUUCAAACAGAUCGUGACAAGAGAAAGGCUCAGACAGAGUUUGAACGAAGUGCUCAGCGGUUUGAGGGGCUUGUGAAGAAACAGGAGCAGCUGCUACGUGUGUCAUUUUACUUGUUGUUAAACCUGGCUGAGGAUCUGAAGGUAGAGAUGAAGAUGAGGAACAAAGGAAUCAUAGGGAUGCUGGUGAAGACGUUAGAGCGGGACACAUAUGAGCUACUCAUUCUGGUUGUCUCUUUCCUCAAGAAACUCAGCAUCUUUAUAGAAAACAAGAACCAAAUGAGGGAGAACAACAUUAUAGAGAAGCUGAUCAAGCUAGUGCCUGUGGACCAUGAGGAUCUACUAAACAUCACUCUCAGGCUGCUGCUUAACCUCUCCUUUGACAAUGACUGCAGAAGCAAAAUGGUCAAGUUCGGACUGUUACCCAAGCUGGUCGACCUGCUCCAGAAUGAGAACCACAAGACAGUAGUGUUAUGUAUCCUGUACCACAUCAGUCUGGAGGACAAUGCCAAGUCCAUGUUCUCCUACACGGACUGUAUCCCUGUGGGUAUGAAGUUGAUACUGGAGAGCCCUGAAGAAGGCCCAGACAUGGAGCUCAUGGCUUUGUUCAUCAACCUGGCAGCCAACAAGCGAACUGCCCAGAUCAUUUGCGAGAAAAAUGGACUCAAAAUGCUGAUGAAGAGAGCAUUCAAGUUCAGGGAUCCACUUAUGAUGAAGAUGAUUCGUAACAUAUCCCAGCAUGAUGGACCCACAAAAAACCUCUUUAUAGACUAUAUCAGCAAUCUCUGCACGACUGUGUUGGAGAAUGACGACGAGGACUUUGCCCUGGAGUGCCUGGGGAUUCUGGGUAAUCUAACCAUCCCUGACCUGGAUUUCGAGCUCAUCCUGAAGGAGUAUAACCUGGUGCCCUGGAUCAAAAAUAGACUACAGCCAGCAAAUAAGACAGAAGAAGAUGUUGUUCUCGAGAUAAUAAUCUUGGUGGGGACAGUUUGCUGUGACGAUGCCUGUGCCAGUAUGCUCGCCCAGUAUGGGAUUAUCCAGUGUCUCAUAGAGCUGCUCAAUGCUAAGCAGGAGGACGAUGAGAUGGUGUGUCAGAUUGUCUAUGUCUUCUAUCAGAUGAUCUUCCACGAAUCCACCAGAGAAGUUAUCAUCAAAGACUCUCAGGCACCUGCCUACCUGAUUGACUUGAUGCAUGACAAGAACCCGGAGAUAAGGAAAGUCUGUGACAACACCCUGGACAUCAUAUCUGAGUAUGAUGAAGAAUGGGCCACCAAGAUCCAGCUGGAGAAGUUCCGUUGGCAUAAUUCCCAGUGGCUGGAGAUGGUGGAGUCGCGACAACUGGACGACAACGACGCUUACCUGUACGGAGAUGAGGGUAUUGACCCCUACAUCCACGACGAUGACAUUCUCGACAGAGCAGACCUCUUUUACGGUGACACUGAUGGUUAUGACCACACCGUCAUGAUGGAUGGACAGCUCACGCCAGAGUUCAUAGAUGAGCACGGAAUGUACAACGGUAACCAAGACUACCUGAUGGUCGGAGGAGGUGGGCCUUACGGUUACGGGAAUGAUUACGACCCGUAUCCACGGCCCGAGUCUCACCUUGGCUAUGCGAUGGAGGGUCAAGCGGUGGACGAGUACGGACGACCGCUGGACAUUUAUGACCCCCGGGACCACUAUGGUCGCCCCACGCUUCCUGAAUACUACAACGGCAACGUUGAAGACGAGUACGACUAUGGUUACGGUUACCAGGGCAACAGAUAGAGCAGAAGAUAGACUUUUUAGGCAGGACUGACCGUUCUGUGUUUUAGUACAAUGGUCUCAAACCUAUACUGAAGGUAUACAGCACACAACAGCAGCUUGUCUUCAUCCACAAGGGCUAGUGUUGGAACUUUGACAGAGUGGGUUAGGUUUCAAAGCAAUCUUUUUUUUUUGAGAUGGAUCAGUAUAAUUUGAUUUACUGGUUUGUGCUUUGGAUUCUUAAUUGGAAAAGGAAUCUCGGUCAGUUUUUUGAGUUUGCUUGGUCGUUCGCUCUCAGAGAAAUGUUCGUCCAGAUUCAGGACGUCGGGGAUGCAGAUGUGGAAAAACCAAUUGCAGGCCAGAAAAAGGAAAGAGAGUAAGAUAUGACUCUUCUGAAGCAAGAUUGAUUGGUAUUCAGGUGUUAUUAAAACACUGUGUUCAAGAAUUUUUCCUCUGACAUGAUGGUAUUCGGGUUUAUGGUUGAAAACUUUAGUUUAAUCGAGUUAAUCCAGAGUUUAAUUACCAAUUCCUUAAGCAGUUACCUGACAAGUCUCUUGGCUUCUGUGGCCAAUGGUACAAUGACACUUCUUACUCAAGUCAAAAUUUAUAACCUCUUGACAGUUAGUUCUUGAUUGUGGAAGAUGGGAUUUUGACACAAUUAUUUUAAGGUAACAUUGAUGAGGUGGUUAAAAUUUAAACAUCUAGGGCCCCAAAAACAAAUAUCUAGGGCCCCAAAAAUAAGCUGAAAAAUCGUAUUUCAGAAAUCGCCUCAUGGAAUCGGACCCUGAAGCAAAUAUAUUGCAAUAAGUAUAUUGAAAUAUAAUUACUUGACUGUGUCCUUGUAGUAUAGAGACCGUUUCAUUUGAAAGGCUUCAGCUUAGCUUCAUAGUAUUAAAAAAAAAGAAAAUAAAAAAAUUUCAAAGGCUUAUCUGUGAUGUUUUCAGCAUAAUAGUUACUUCCAUAUCCGUUGUACAUUUUGCAUAGUGCACAGGUCGUGGAGUGAAGAAUUUGAGAUAUGUCGGCCAUUGUACACAGGUUGUCGAAGUCAAGAAUUUGAGAUAUGUCGGCCAUUGUGCACAGGUCGUGGAAGGCAAGAAUUUGAGAUAUUGCGGCCAUAUUUGUGGCAUUAUAAUGUAAUGCAUGUAGGAGUGACCAUUUUAACAGUAGAGAUAGAUCUGUAGCGAGCAGUUGUUUGGAAGGUAGCAUAAUGGUGUUCGUGUUUCCACUGAGGUAUUUUUCUUUGAAAUCAUUUGUGUGUAAUAUCUCAUCCUUACAGAAUCUCUUUGUGUCCAGAGAUCUGUAGAAUUAUCUGUCUCAGUGUGCGUAUACCAUGGUUGUUUUAUACAUACAUGUAUAUCUAUAGAUUUAAUUAUGCAUAAUUUAUUUAUUAAUGUGAUUUAAGGACAUUUAGUGAACUACCGUUUUACAGCUGAGCAGUUCAGUAUUGAGUAUCCCCUUCUAAACAUUUGGUGUGCACCUUUAUACAUAGUAUACACACUGUAAUAAUAAUCGGGGGUUACAUGUUUUUUUUGUAUUUAGUGUUUUUGGUCGGGAGGGGGGAUGCAAGACUUCCAUGUACAGGCGUAAGUGGUAGAUUUUACCAGAUUACAUGUAUUUAGUUUAUUUAUUUAUUUGUUUGUCUAUUUAAUUGAUCGAAAACCAAUCCACCAGAUGGGAACCAGGAACUGAUGAACUGGAGGGAGCAGGUUUUGAACUUGUGGCAUCCUUGUUUAAAGGCUAGUGAUCUUGAGGUUGAAGUCAUUGCAGUGCUUAUCCAGUAGGAAUCUCUACCUGGCUAAAUUAUCCCCAUAUAUAGUGAGUUCAUCUCGCAUACUAGUUAAUGAAUGUCUAAACAGGAUUACCGUAAAUGACCUAAAAUUUUGAGCAUGAGUAACUAGCUUAUUUUGCCUGAUUCUGUUGAUUGUAGAUUAGGUGUUCGAGGUUUGGUUGGAAAUAUACAACUUCAGCAUAAACAGUAAUGUUUUGAUAUUUAUUGAUUUACCUCUGAAAAUGCUCCUCUUGGGCAAAAUGUUAGAUCAUUUACAGUUUGUUUACUAUGUUCUUUAAUAGUCGUAAUAUUGAUCCUUAUGUGAAGAAAUCCAUGUCGUCUUCAAACUAUGCUCCUAUCAGUCAUUUACCUUAUGUCAUUUACAUGCUACACCACGAUGAAUCUGGGACAUAAAAAUUUUCUGUUUAGUGAAAUGUAAUGAUGGACAAGAAUUUUAAUUAUAUGAAAACUUGUCAUUAA